CCCGAUGCCCAUCAAUCCCCGGUCGGUCCCCACAUGCGCACCCGCACCUCGUCGCAACCCCCGGCAACGCUCGGAAUGCACCCACCGCGCUCCAAACAAAUGGCGGCAUCAUAUUCCGCGUUGCCACCGCCGUCAUCUCAGCACCUGGCGCUGCGUUCGGGGUGGCGAGCAGAAGAGGGCUCAUGGGGAGGAUGACGCGUGCGUGUGCAUCUGUCCAACGAGGUUACCACAGGUGUCCACUCCUUCGAUGCAUGGUGCUCGCGACUUGCACUUCCGGACGGAAAGACUGGAUUGGAACCGGAAGGCCCCAUAGUCGGGCGUUGGGCGGAGCAAGCAUACCCGAGCACGUCGGACGCGGCGCUCUUCCAUGCUCGCACGCGCACGCGGUUGACAGUAAGUGCUAACCUCUCACUCUUCUCCGCAUGUGCGAUCGGACAGUGUGGCGUUAGGCUUCCACGCAGGGCAUUCGGACGCAGGUCAGUAAGUAUUCGGGGUGCAGCAGACGACAGUCAGCAAGUUACCCAUGUCCAGAUAUACGGCGGGUCAGGUGCGCGACUGCGGCGGUAUCGCGCCUAUCGCGCGUCGCCGACUCGCUGCACAUAUGCCGCCACUAUUACCGAACAUACCACGCUGGUCAGGCCCUCCUGCCUCUAUACGGUUCGCCCUGACGGGCGUCCAUGCGACUAUCUUGCCAGAGAUCGACAUACUUGAGCGCCUCCCGGCGAAUGCUCGGACGCUGGCUGGUAAGCUCGACCCAUACUCGGACUGCACUUCGACGCGAGCGUACGAUCGCAAAGCAUACACCCUGGGCGAGCGCGACGAUUCGCCAUCGUGCACAGAGCACGACGACCAUCGUGACACGGCGAGCAGGCAGUAUCGAGAGCCCAACCUCGAGGAACGCGUUCCUCGCUCCGAGUCGCUGGUCGCCCCGUUCGCAUUCAUGUCCGUUCGACGGUACUCAUCCCUGUCAGGCGGCGGCCGUACGUUCUCCUGCCGCCGCUCAGCUAGCGGUGGUUCCGUCCGGCGCCCUGCGCGCGUGCCCUGGCUUCUCCACCGCACCCGGUUCAUUGGCUGCACGCUGGCUCGAUUGCGCGCUCGUCGUGCUUUCCGAACGGGCCUUGUGGCCACACGCUGGCGCUUGCGUCUGUACGGCAGCUAUAUACCAUGCGGGGGGACGCGCGAGGUGCGAUCGCCCGACGCGGCGAACUUACGGCGAGAUGCACAGCGGUCCUGCUAUCAGGGAUCGCUGUAGCAGCGUCAUCGCACAAGCCGUGGUGUCCGUAUUCUCUGACUUGAUGACGAUGGUGACGCUGGUUACUUGGCAGUUGGCUUGUUACUGCUGCUGCGUGGGGCUCAGGCAUGCCGCGGCCGACUUCUGUUCGCAAGUCUGGGCGGUUCUCGCUCUCCGCGUGGGCUUGGACUGGGAUUCUAGCGGCGCUGCAGCGGUGCGGGAGGCGAGAGCGCGUUCAGGCUUCAGCACCUAGCCGCACGUCGCCCCGAUACAGCGUCCAGGCGCGCGAGGACCGAGGACGCGGUGAGUGUUCGCGCACCUUAUCUGGAUAUCGAACAACUUCGCGCGUUCAUUUGCUGCACGGGGAAGCGAGACGAAGGCGCCCCUGGCCCGGGUGGGUGGGACGAGUGGGGUUAGGAGGAGAGGACGGCGAGGUAUUCAGGCUCCGCAGGAAUGAAUGCGGGAGGUCUCCUGCCGCCCACGACGCACGCGUCCCCGCGAAGUGCGCAGAGAUGAGAGAAGUCGCCGAUGUGAGGUCGGAGGAUGCGCCGCGUGGCCGCGGUCGCGCGCCUGGCCCCAGAUAUCCCCAUCCUCCCGCCCCGGCCGGGGAUGUUCGCUCGCCCUCAGUUCACACCUCCACAUCUCGUGCCUCGAGGCGACCGGUGCGGCGACGCGGGGAUGGGCGAGUCAUCAGUGCUCAAGAACGUGCGAACCUACGAACUUCCCGAAGGAAUGUCGGGUAGGAUCUACGCGCAGGCGUGACUCGCGCGCGCCGCCUGCCGCAAGAGAGGUUCCCAGAUAGGCUGCGGGAGUGGCACGGAAUCACAGGAUCGCGGCGGGCGAGGGCAAGGGACUUCGGUGCGGUAGGCGACCUGCGAUCGAUAUCUCGCGAUCUGCAGCAGUUCUUCCGGGGUGAACGCGGUAAGCUUUAGGAAUGCCCGCUGGACGACGAAGCGGGCAGUGGGAAAGCUCUCUCAGCAGACCGCGCUGCGGAGUCAUUCGCGCGGGUCAGUUGGCCACAUCGCAUGCAUCGAUGCUGUGGCUUCUCAGAAUGACCUGCUGCCGCUGGGUCGUGCUGCUGUGAUCACUGGGCAUCGUAGCCAUUAAUUUCUGGUUGGGUGGCACAAAGCAUCGUCGUAGCUGCAAGCGUGUGGAUUGUCCUUUGAUAGUCUUCAUCUCCUGGCACGCGGAGGGCUAUCUGGAUAUCUAGAUGUCUUGUGGUCGAGGACGGAUCGGUCUCCGGAGAAGAGUACUAUUGUCGUGUACUUGGCGGCUGUGCAACAAGCCCUUGCCGCAGUGGCACAAGCUUGUUUGUGUGGCGUGCUAUUGCAGACUCGAGGAAGGGGUGCAGAGGACGUGCGUUGGUAGCUGCGGAGCUCGGUGCUGGGUACGGAAGACAUGUCAGCUUCCGUAGACUCGCAGCACACGAGAGAGUUCUUCAGCAUUCUUUGUCCCACAUACUUUACUUUCAUGACGACAGAAACAUGCCAGGAUGUGC